AGAGAGAGAGCCAAGGGAUAGGUGUCCAUAUAAUGUGGAAGGGAAAAUGGACGUGUACCUGGUUUUGUUAAGCGAGGACGCAGUGCCUCGCUGUCCAGCAUGUGAAGAGGUUGUGCCUUUCCCUUCUCUCUCUCUCUCUUAUUACAUGCACCCACUACUACACUCCCAACUGGCAAUCUUGAUCCAUUCACAUAGAGAGCCUGAAAGCGGAGAGUGAGGACAAAAAUACGCUAGGAUUUGAACCUGAUUCUCUUUGUUUUUUCCACACCCUCUCCACACUUCCAAGUUUCUAUCCCUAGCUCGGCACCAAAAAUAGACAUACACAGCCCCACUGUGUUUGUUAGUAAUAUUGCCCUUAGCUAGCUCUCCUCCUUCAUAAAAAGGCAGCCUCAUUCAACAAAAUUUCUCAUCUCUUGUAGUGAUUGUUUCUUUGAGACUUGUUCUAAACAAAGAAAACUAGCUACUCUCUAGCCAAGCGGAAAAUGAGUAAUUGCUUAGCCUCAGAAUGCAGUGAUGACUGUGAGUCUGGUUGGACUCUAUACUUGGAACAAUCUUUUCUUCCCCACCCAAAUCCUAAACAUAGAGGUAAUAGCACUGACUUUGUUGAUGCAAAGAGUACCGGUUUUUGUAGAAAAGGGAAAAGCACUAAAGAAGACUGCGAAGAAGAAGAUGAGGGGGAGGGGGAGGGGGAGGAGGAGGAGGACUUGUCUAUGGUCUCCGAUGCAUCUUCUGGUCCUCCACAUUUCCAUGAAGAUGAAAGUCACUUCAACCACGAUAAUGGCUUCUUUUAUCCAUCACACAAGGAUACUACGUUGCUGAAUAAUGGUGCCAAUUACAGCCAAAAAAAGAAAGAACAUAGACGUCACAAGCAGGAUCAACAAAUGCCUUCUUUUCUUGACGAUACUGCUAGCUCUCCAGCUUUCAACUUCUCCAUGAAUAAUUCUGCUCUCUCCAACAACCAAGCUUCGAUGGAGAGUGUAUUGGAUUAUUCACAGGGUUUUUCAGCUACUCAUUUUCAGGGAAGAUCUGCAAAAUCAAGACCACUUUGGUUACAUACACCCUUCUCUAUCUGGAAACCAACUUCAAAAUAAUCAGAUGAGUAUGUUUCAUAAUAUUUAGUUCUAGCAAGACAUGGCAGUUAGAACAUCGUACAAUGUUUAAGCCAUAAAUGUAAUUUUCUUUUCCCUUUCUUUUGAAAAGUCGAAACUCGAAAGUUUGAUAAAUGAUGAAUGUUUCGAUUUAUUUCUGGUGGCUUAAAGGGAAGAAUAAUAUACGGUGAUUGUGCAUUA